CAUUUCAGCCGCCCAUCGCAAGCAAGCGAAAGCAAGCAGCACGGUGCCCUAUCUUGUCCUGCCCCGGCCGAUGUCUUGUGUCCGGGCCAUCCGGCCGUCCAUGGCGGCGACGGCCCUGCUCCUCCCCGGCCUCUCGGCGGCGGCGCCCACGGCCGGGCAGCGCCAGCUCCAGCGCGGCUCCCUCGCCUGCCGGGCCCCCCGGCCGCGCCGGCGGCUCGCGGCCUCCGCCGUGCAAGAGACCAAGGAGGGCGAGGCCAAGACGGCCGAGGAGAUCACCGAGAAGUACGGGCUCGAGUUCGGCCUCUGGAAAGUCUUCAGCUCCAAGGAGGAGGAGGAGGAGGAGGAGGGAGGCGAGGGGAAGAAGAAGAAGAAGUCGCGGACGGACCAGGCCAAGGAGCUCCUGGCCAAGUACGGCGGCGCGUACCUGGCCACCUCCAUCUCGCUCUCGCUCGUCUCCUUCGCCCUCUGCUACCUCCUCAUCAGCGCCGGCGUCGACGUGCAGGACCUGCUCGCCAAGGUCGGCAUCGCGACGGGCGAGACCGGAGGGAAGGUGGGGACCUUCGCGCUGGCCUACGCCGCGCACAAGGCCGCGUCGCCGAUCAGGUUCCCGCCCACGGUGGCGCUGACGCCGGUGGUCGCCGGCUGGAUUGGCAGGAUCAGGAAGGGCGGCGACUGAUGAGCCGGCGUUCCAGUAGCGGGUGCCGGUGAAUCUGGUGCUGCUUUUGCUCUGUACAACUUGUUAAAAAUGGUAAUGAUUCUCAACUGGCGGUACUGAAGUGAUGAAUGCUGACUGGAGAGUGCAGAUGCUUCAGAGUUCAGCAAUGUCUUUUACACUUUUCAGCAUGGAAUUUGCAUAAGAUGCUAGGCAUAGGAUACUAAGUUACUCACGAAUUACUCUAUACACAUCUAGCCAGCCUAAACAGACUAUCAGUAUGUACAAGAAGUUGUGGCGUCAUCUCAAGUUGGGGAGAAGCCCCUGCCUAACCAGCUCUUCAGUUUA